GUGUGCUGUUAAACAGGAGUCAGAUGCAUUACUCUCUCUCUCUCUCUGCGGACAAAAGAUAACCACGAAUCUGCGGUAUCUGCGGACGAACAAAAGACCGUCGACAUUGGGUCUCGGUCGAUCGGCAAAGGACGGGGCGAGCCCGGCGCAUGGACCCUGAUGGAGCUCCACCUCGAGCUCGCCAUCGACCGGCAGUAUUGCGAUAAGAGCAGACCUUCCUCUUUUCCAGAACACGCCGUCGUCCUCAUAGACUCCAUUACCUGGUCAUAUCGCAUGUUCUUCCGUCGACUUGCUCAACCCCUCCGAACCUUGAACUCCAUCGCAACCUUUGUGACACGUCCGAGCCUGUACACAUACCCCGCAUCCCACCACCUCCGCACAAUGGCAUCGGCAAUGGGCAAGCGCCUCGAAGGCAAGACUGUCGUUGUCACUGGAGCUUCCUCGGGCAUUGGAAAGAGUACAGCUAUCGAGUUCGCCCGCACCAGCCCAAAGAACCUGAAGCUCAUCGUCACCGCCCGUCGCUUGGAAGUACUCGAGCAAUUGAAAGAGGAGAUUAAAAAGGAAGUUGGCGAUGGUGUUCAGGUCUUGCCUGUAAGAUUGGAUGUCAGCAACCCCGAGGAAGUGAGAAACUUUGUCGGCAAUCUUCCAGAGGAAUUCAAGGAUAUCAAUGUCUUGGUCAAUAAUGCUGGUCUCGUCAAAGGCGUCGCCAAAGCCCCCUCAAUCGCCGAAGAAGACAUCAACAUCAUGUUCAACACAAACGUCACAGGCCUCAUCAACAUGACCCAAGCCAUCCUCCCCAUCUUCCUCGCACGUGGCGAGGCAGGGGCUGGCGACGUAAUAAACGUCGGCAGCAUCGCCGGCCGCGAACCCUACCCAGGAGGCAGCAUCUACUGCGCCACAAAAGCCGCCGUACGCAGCUUUACAGAUUCCCUGCGCAAAGAACUCAUCGCCACCCGUGUCCGUGUCAUCGAAAUCGAUCCUGGACAGGUGGAGACUGAAUUCAGCGUCGUGAGGUUUUAUGGCGAUAAAAAAGCUGCUGACAAGGUUUAUGAGGGGUGUGAACCAUUGACGCCAGAGGAUAUUGCAGAGGUUGUCGUUUUUGCUGCUGGGAGGAGGGAGAAUGUUGUGCUGGCUGAUACGUUGAUUUUCCCUAAUCAUCAGGCUGCUGCGACUGUUAUGCACAAGAAGACUUGAGACGCGUUUCUUCAUAUGAAGAAGCUUGUGAUGUCGAAAACAUUCUGACGUUAGGGAAUAAUAGGCUGGUGCUGGUGGAAGCAAUUCUUACAAGCGACCACAAUCCAAGAUCUAAAGACACACAGAUUUGUAUAAAGAGAAAAAGAUACC